AUGCUUGAGAUCAUAUCAAGGAAAUACACGCCCGACUCACUGCCGUACCAUGUGAUCGUGCCGUCUCUACCAGGCUAUGGACUAUCGGCGGAAAUUGGACAUGAGAAGGAAUUCUCACUCGAUGGCGCCGCGCAGGUCAUGAAUCAGUUGAUGAUCGAACUGGGAUUUGACAAAGGCUAUGAGUGCAAGGCCGCCCAUGUCAAUUUCCUUACACUGAGAGGAUUUGAUGACAGCACUGAACCCUUGACAACUCAAGACCUUGAACACCUCCAGCGGAUGCAAACUUGGCAAGCCACUGGCAUGGCUUACAUCCUAGAGCAAUGUACGCGCCCGGCAACCAUCGGGCUUGCGCUGUCAUCAAGCCCUUUGGCGCUUCUUGCAUGGAUUGGAGAGAAAAUCCUCGAGUGGUCGGACGAGCAACCUCCCUUAGACGCGAUCCUUGCCAACGUUAGUCUUUACUGGUUCACCUCCACCUUUUCUUCCAGUAUCUACCCCUACCGAAACAUAGCAAGCUUCAAUGGGUCGGAUACAAGCAAAGAGAAACCACUUGGCUAUUCCUACUUCCCAAAAGAAGUCAUGAUUCUUCCCAAAGCUUGGGCCAAGGCUUUCCCGAAUAUGGUGCAGUACAGUACACACAACAAGUGGUUGAUCCUAGGUUUUUCUGCUAAGGGCGGGCACUUUGCUGCAUGGGAGCAGCCGCAGGCAUUGUUGGAAGAUGUUGAGAAGUUUGUUGACAAGGUGGGCAACGCUCUUAGCGAUUGA